ACGUCCAGUCUCAAUCGCUAACUGGAUUCAGUCUGUGAAAAGUUUCGAUUCGAUUCGGAGGGCUACUAGAUCGCGGCGUAUACACACGGAACGGGAGCUCGCAAAGGCUCACUUGGAUUGAAGAAUUUUUAUAUCCUCCCCCUCCUCGAAAUGAGCCGCGAAACGCGCAAAUGAUUUGGAAUUGUAUCGUGGUAAUUUCGCUCGAGUUGAGUGGUUGGUGAAAGGAUUUUUGCUCCCGAUGGAAUCCUAAAAGCAAUAUUUUCGCAUUUUACGCGCUGGGUUUAUGCUUUAUCUCAUCCGACACGCGAACGCACUUCAGCGAAAGAGUUUCUGUCUGUCUUUGGGAGGUGAAAAAGUGGAUUACGUCGGUCGAGGGGAAGAUUGCAAAGAUUUGCGUAUAAGUCUCGAGAAGACGCAGGGAAGUGUGAGGUGAAAAUUGCUGUGAGUGGAAAACUGUGUGCUACGCUUUGGAUAAACACGAACCAGAUUUGUUGUUCUUUCGUGCCUGCCUACAUCUACGACUAAUCGAAUGUUUGCUCACAUAAGCAAGAGGAGAAUUACUACUACUGGAGGAGGAAAAGCCGAACCGUAGGUUCGGGGGAGGUUUUCCGGAGGCGAGCAAUAUCUAGCUAUAAAUUAUUCAUAUAUUACCAAUGUAAUAGAGUAAUACCACUAGUGGUUGAACGAACGCACAAACAGCUCAAAAACUCCCGACGAUGAGUUACAUGGCGGAGGAGAAGAUCAAGCUCGCCGGCGAGGACUCCAAGGACCGGCUGUACGAAGCCAAGCAAAAUCAGAAGGCCAUCCGGAUUUUGACGGUGGCCGCUUACGUCCUGUGCGUCUCGCUGGUGGCCAUAAUGCUGUCCCUGUACUACAUCUUCCUGUGGGAUCCAAGCACAAAUCAGAUAAACGCCAAAACCCAAACAGUUGAUAACAUCGUUAUACCGGACAACCUGGCCAUACAGCUGGCGAACCGAAGCGAAGUACCGGCGGAGCUGUUCUACACCAACCUCUACCGGCAUCUGAUCCACAGCAAAACGAUCAAGGCUCGCAAAUCGGCCGCAGUCCGGGAGUCGUCGAACCUGACGCGGCUAAUCCAGCUCUACCACCAGCAGAAAGAGAUUAACGAAAACGACGUCUACGUCCAAAGUGAGCUGGAGCAGUUGGUGGAUGCCUCGGCAUCGUCGGCGUCGCAAUCAUCUGCCGAAAGCACGCAGCCGCCAUCUUCGGCGUCGGACGCCAUGAUGGCCGACGAAGACGACGGUGGCGACGACUACGAGCAGAGCGGCAACUACGGCCUCUACUCGAACCACACGACGAUACAGCUGGAUCAGGACGACGCACUGCAGCAGUGAUUUGAGGAUGCAGCUCCAACGGAUACUAUUUUUCUAUGAAAAUUCGAUGCAGUUAGUCAGUCACUCACACAAUAUACUCUUUCACGAUGCGAUUUUUGCGGCUAGAGUCACGACGCGCCAGUCCGUGGAUUGGUUUAUGGGAUGCGCUGUAGUAGGCUGUGAUUUUUCGCUAGCAUUGAUUGUUAAAGUGCGAUCAGUGCUCGCUGGAAAACACGGAAUCGUAGUGGGCGCGACGAUUGGUAAGCAGUUACACACUGAACAAUGUGGCCUAAAAUUGGAGAAAUCUGUACCCAAGACCUUUAGAAGAAAAACACCCUCAAAAUCUAUGAAACAAAAUUGCUUUAAAUAAAAUCAAUUCCUCUGUUUUAAGUGAUAAAUUUAUGAAAGUUGGAACGAUGAGGUGGAGGUACAAUUCCUUAUACAAUAUUAUAUACACUUACUACCAUCUUCACUCACAUCAAGCAAAGCAAGUACACGUUUCACAUCCAUUUCCAACGAUUUACUUUUGACUACGGUGAUUUAUUAGAAAAAUCCUAAAGCUCGUGCAAAAGAUGUUCAUUAGAAGAAAGGGCAAGUGACAGCAAUGGUUAGACUCUAUUUACUCCAUGCACUUCAGAAACCAGAACUAGCAGAGCAUUGAUUCAUUAGUCAAGUUUUAACCAUUUCAAUGAUACAAUAAUGUUUAGCGUGUAGAAGAGAAGGAAGAAGAAGAAUGGAAUUACAGAGAGAGCAUUGGAUCGGAACGAUCGGAGAGAAUCAAAAACAAGAUAACUAUAUUAGUAGUUGGAGAGGUUAAUAGUUGUUAAGUUUCAAUUAGAUAAGGGAGAUAAUAAAGAAGUUUUAAAUUAUGCUGA